AUGUUGCGGGCCCAUGUGAUGCUGGCCCCUCGCGCGGCACCUGGAGCGGCCCUUCUUCCCCGAGGCCCGAGACCGUCGCCCCGGAGGCGGCGGGCCGACUUGGUGCCACGUGGGGCCGACGGCGGUGAGCGCCGUGGCGCGCGGUAUGGCUUAGCGGACCUGGUGGCACUGUCCGUGGCCUCCACCGUGGGCUCCGGCGUCUUCUCCUUGGCCGGUCGGGUGGCCUCGCAGGAAGCGGGGCCCGCGGUGGUGCUCUCGUUGGGCAUUGGAGCGAUGGGAUGUUUACUGAGUGCGACGGCCUAUGCCGAGCUGGCAAGCCGUGUGGUGGCGGCUGGGUCGGUGUACGCCUACGCCCAGGCCACUGGGCUGGGCCGAUCUGCGAUGGCCGUGGCAGCACUGUGCCUCAUUGUGGAAUACUCCUGGAGCUGUGCUGCCGUUUCAGUCGACUGGUCUGGAAAGCUCUUGCGUGCUGACUUCGGCCUUCCCUUUCUACAGGUUUUGGACCCUGCGGUGCUUUUAGUGCUGUUCUGCACCGGUUUGCUGAUCAAUGGCACCAAGGCCUCGAGGCUCUUCACCAACGUGAGCACAGUGGCGAAGGUGGGCUUGAUCCUCUUCUUGAUCGCCACUGCACUGAUGGCCUUCGAUGCCAAGAACUUACAACCCUUCAUCCCAGAGGAGUACGGCAUCUCUGGAAUUCUACGUGGUGCUACUGACUCUUUCUUUGGUUUUCUGGGCUUUGAUGCUGUUUGUGCUCUUGCACUUGACACCAAGGAUGCCCGGCGAGUUGUGCCCAAUGCUCUCUUCUUGGGCCUCUUUGUCUCAGGGGGUCUUACAUGCCUUGCAGGCUUUGCCUUGGUCUCGGCAGUGCCCGCCUCGCGCUUGGAUCCUGCAGCGGGCUUUGUCUCCGCCUUUGAGAUCUUGGGCAAUGACUUUGCAGCUGCAGUGGUGACCGUGGGAGAGUUGUUGGUGCUCCCAGUGGUCGCGUUUGGCUGUUUGUUGCCGCUUGGGCGACUGCUUUGCUGCUUGGCGGAGGAUGGAUUCUUACCAGCUCCACUGGCACGACGCGAUGCCAGCGACGAGCCGCUCCUUGCGACGCUGCUGGGCGGCGCGGCGACGGCCAUCUGUGCUGGCUUGGUGCCCUUCGAGGAUUUGAAUGACAUUUGCAGUGCGGCAGUGCUGAGUUGUUUUAUUUUGGCAUCAGUGUCAGCAGUCGUGUCACGACAAGAAGGUGCUUUGCAAGAGCAGCUGCGUGGGUUGCUGGCCGUCUUCGUCCCCUGCACCUUCUUCUGCCUCCUCCUGCUGUCGCCUCGCUGGACCACUGACACAGCCCUGGCACCCAUGCUGGUCCGACAGCUGGGAGGUGAACCGACAGCAUUGCUUGAGUUGAUUGCGCUGCUCCUCGCCUCCGCGGCAGUCUCUUGCGCCGUAAAAGUUCAGGAACUUGCACAGGCGCCUUCCAGUGGCUUGGCCUUUCCUCCAGCCGUGCACUUGGCCGCAGUCGUUGGCUCCGCAGCCCUGCUGACCACCCUUCCAGCCUUCAGCCUCGUCUCCUGUUCUGCGGCCCUGGUGGCUGUUUGGGUCGCCUCAACCUGA